CCCGCCAGGCUGUGGGCUGCGCCAGGCGCAGGUCGCGGGCCCCGGGGCGGAUGGACUGCCGCCGCCGUGGGGCCGGGGCGUCCCGGUACGAGGGCCAGGACGAGGAGGAGGAGUCGGAGGGCGGCGCUGCGGGCUCGCCGAGGCCCCGACUGCCCCCCAUCGCGGGCAGCGCCCCCGAGCUGACCAAGCAGAAGGUGAAGAAGAAAAAGAAGAAGAAAAAGACCAAGGGGUCGGGCAAGGGGGACGCAGAUAAACAUCAGAGUCGGAGCCUGAAAAGCCACCAGCUUUCUUCAUCCUCUCAUGACAUCUUCAAUCCCAGCAAAGACCACGGCCCACGGCCGGAGCGCAGACAGGACAAACAGGAAAGCAAGCACAUGCCUCCUCACUCCUCCACCGUCAGUCCUCCCCACUCUGCCGAAGUAGCAGAGAAUCUUUCGAACCAGGUCAAUGAAAGCCUGCGCUGGGAGGGAGUCCUCGCUGACCCGGAGGCAGAGAGAGAGAGGAUUCGCGUAUAUAAAGUGAACCGCAGAAAGCGGUACCGGAUUUUGGCCCUCAAGGGCUUCACCUCGGAUCCCCGUGCGGAGGAGACCCCUGAGAACUGACCCUACCUCCCAGACAAAGGCAGCAGCUCCAGCAACGGGCAGCCCGCACUGAAAGCCAACCGCCCUGAUCACGCAUUGAAGGCAACCUUACCCCAAGGCUCCUACACUCUGAUUUAGUUACUGCUCCGCCGGAGUAAAUAUCCCCCCACAAUGCUGACGGACUUAUACUCUCUCCUUCCCGCAAGUUUAUGUGUUAAAAAGGAAUAAAAGGAAAUCAGACCUGUA